UGAAAAAUCAUUUGAGCCUGUCAGUCGAUUAAUCAUCAUUGGUCAAUCUCAGAUCAAUUCUGAUUGCUCAGUAAUUUAUCAUCUAUGCAGACCUACAUGAUUGAUUACAAAUUGAGCGAUAAUUGUUUAUCAAUCGAAUUGAUUACAUAUUGACCUGUUAUUGUUUAUCAAUCCGAUUGAUCAACUAUUGAUCAUCUUUGCGGACCUAUAUUGCCUCAAUAUGACCACAAUAAUUGACAAUGAUUGGCAAAAUUUGUUUACUGGGAUUAUAUUCUGUGGCGAUUGAAAAAAAGAAGAAUCGUUAAUAAAAUAGCAUCAAAUGUUAGAAUGAACGUCAAAUAGUAGAAUAAACGUAAAAUAAUAAAAUGAAUUUUAAGUGUAAGAAAAGGUACCUUAAAAACGUUAGAACAAGAGAACUUAAUAUCAAAAGAAUUAUUUAUAAAUUGUUAUUUAAAAUUUAAUAAUAUUCCAGCAUAGUGCAUGGAAGGGUUAACGAUAAAUAAUUAUUUACUCCCACAACAUUGUAAAUUGACCGAAUAUCCAAUAUUUCUUCAUUCAAUUCUUUAGUCUUUUUUUUUUUACCUGAGAAAUAAGAAAAUUUAUCAUGGGAUUUUCAAGACAGAGCUUAAAUCCUAAACAAGGAUUUAUUUCUUUUUUAUUUUUUUAAUACAAAAACUUUUCGAAUAGACUUUCAAAAUUUCCAUUAAAUUUCAUCAAAAUGACAAAAGAUGAGGAGAUUAUCAUAAAGUAUUUAUUGAUAUUAAUUAAAUUUAAAAAGAAAAUUGCACAACCGUGACCAAAUUUAUUUUAAACCGUGUUCUGAUGGAGACAUUGCACGUUCUAGUUGAAUUAAAAUAAACUCGCAUGGCCCACGGAUGAUUUUUUAGGAGAAUUAUCAGAAUUAUUGUGAAUUUUUGUCUUUUUUAUUUGUUGAAAUAUAUUUUAAGAUUUAAUUAUUAUUCUUUUGUAGUUUGUAUAAUGUAAGUAAUUUAAAGAAAAAGAACAAACAUUUAGUGAAGAUAAAUAGAUUAAAAAAUCAUUGUAAUCCCUCUCUCUCUACUAUUUAAUAAGAAAAGCUCAGAGAUUAACUAGUUUAUACAUAAAGAGCAAAAGAUUAUUUUGUAUAUUUUGCGUAUAAAAUCGGCACUGUUAUCAAGAGAGAAUAAUUAUGACAUUGCAGUCAAAAUGGAAGAUAAGGCCUCUGGAUUUUGUUAUGUUCAACUCAACAAGACUGAAAGUAUUUAGUCGAUUUACCAAAUAUUUCUACUCUCAGUUCCAUCCAAUCUUUCGGUGGCUAACAAGCAGUGUUGCGUUCACCAAACAUCCACAAAUAAUUUCAACAAAAAAAAACUUUUUAAAAAUAUCCAUUUUUAACUUCUUUUUUUACUUAAUAAAGUUUUUCUUCUUCAAGAAAGUGAAAGAACAAAAAAAAAUGUUUUUCAAAGUGUCCCAAAUUGGUUUUAUCCUCAGCAUAGUAUUGUGCUUGAGUGCAGCUGAACUCGUGCGUUUUCAGGAGUGUGAGGAAAAAUCUGAGCUAGCAUGUACAAUUCAUGCUGUUCGGAUAAAUCCAUGCCCCGAAGCUGCAAAUGAUCUUCCGUGCAAGAUCAAACGUGGCCGAUCGGCAAGCAUUGAAUUUGACUACUCAAGUGAAUUCCGUGCCACGGAGCUGGAUAGUCGUGUGUACUGGAGCAACGAGGGGGUGGAUCUACCCCUAAUUGGUGUCGAUACAAAUGGAUGCAACAUUGUCACGUGCCCAAUUGAGGCGAACAUCAACAACACCUACACGUGGACACUCAACGUAUCGAAGAAGUUCCCCAUUAGACAAUUCGACAUUAAGAUGAAGAUUAAGAAUGAAGAUGAGAACUUUUGCUGCUUCCUCACCAAAAUUCGCCUGACAAAAUAAGCGAUAGGAAAAGUGCUGAGAAUAAUUUCAUGUGAAGACAACCACAAUGCUCUCUUUUGAGGAUAAAAUAAAUUUUCAAAUUUUUGUAUUUUAA